UUGCAGUAUGCUCGUAUUCCUCGUAUUGAUUCGGGGAAUCGAAUGGCGCGUCUAGAAUUUGUGCCGCUAUCUAUGUGUAGCUUCUCUAACUAACUUGUUCAAUACCCUGUUGGCAAUCGAGGGAGAGCUAAGAGAUGGAGCUGAGUCGGAUAUUUGAAACUUUCUGUAUUUGAAUGCAGAUAUGAGUUUAUACACACAUUUUGUGUGAUUAAGUUGUAGAAUGUAAACAUUGCAACCAUGAAUGAAGGAAAUGUGAAACAAGUAAAAGUUGACAAUUGGGGAAUUUUUUUCCUUCAAAGACUGCAACAAUUCUUUAAUAGAAGUGAAUAUUGUGAUCUAAUUCUACAAUUUAGUAACAAUGAUCAAGUUAAAGUGCAUCGUCUUGUACUUAAUGCUUGCACCGAGUAUUUUCAGACACUUGAGAAACAAGGCUGUAAUGUCGGAGCUUGUAUCAUUCGCAUGCCAGCAGAUCUUCAGUCAGAAGUUGUGGUGCCUAUCAUCAACUUCAUGUACACAGGACGAUUGGAAUUCCGAACUGAACUACACACCCAACUGUAUGCUGCUGCCCAGCAGAUGAAUAUGACUGUUUUGACAAAAUUACUUGAUGCACAGGCAACACCAUCAAAUACACAUCAAAAACCAGUCCCUAUUAAGAAGCCAUUGCCAGUGACUUGGAAUUUGCAAGGCAAGAAAAUAGUACCAAAGCAAAUAGAUUCUGACUUACCUGAACCUCUUCCUGGUCGAAAAUUACCUAUCUGGAAAAGGCGUAGUGCUCCCACCCUUCCAUCGUAUGGAUCUGAUUCAUCUGUUAUUAACCAUGAAGGGCCCAGCCGUAUAUUAAUGACAAAGGCUGACGAGGUUCCACGACCAACUCGGUUUGAAUGGCCUGAUGAGGAUAUCCAACAAACUCCACCAUUUACAACAAGUUUUGAUGACAUUUCAUAUGAGACAAAGCCAUUGGUAAAAGCUGCAGAUAGGCCAAAAGUGCCCCCAGCACCCCUGGUACAAUGUCAAAGAGCAAUUACUUCUCCAGUUCCACCAAGGCCUGAAAACCGUGCAGUUAGUUUUGAAGAAGUCCGUCGUACUGCAGUUAGUAUUAAAAGACCUGUAGUUGUCACUGAUCCUAAUGAAGCCAAGAAGCCCAAAAUUGUGGAUCUCCAGGCAGUUAAGGAGUAUAUUGCGGAGCAUAAGCUCCGUAAAGAUCUUGUUGAUACGGAGGAUAGUAGUGAAGAUGUUGAUGAUGAUCUUGCAGUUGCUGAUAUGGAUGAUGAUGAUGAUGAUGAUAUGGAUGAAGAAUCUGAACAUCCUGAAGGUGUUCUCAGUGGGCCUACGCCUUCCCAACAAGUAAAUACACCUCAAAAGUCAAUUCUCAAGUCACAACCAACAUUUGAAGAACCUGUUCCUGUGUCAACUUCCACACCUGUUGGCUCCAAGAAGGUGAGAUUUUCUUUGGAUGACAAAUCAUCUGAAGGGAAAGAAAAUUCUUCUAAAGAAAUCAAAUCAUCAGUAAAUAAAGCAACAACAGUGUCAGUUGGAAGUGUUACAGAGCCAGGAAAUUUGUCAAAUCAUGCUAAAAUAAUUACAGAGGUGUUGAAGAAGUAUCCUCACUUGGUGAAAAACAAUAAAAACAUUCGGUUAAAAAUAAUGCAAAGAGGCAAUCAACCAGUAGCCCCUGCAGUAGCAACUGAAACAGAUCCAAAUAAGUUGGUAAAAUCUAAAGUGUCUUAUGUGGUCGUGAAAUCAGAAGUGGCAGGUAAAGGAAAAGCUGUUGUGUUGAAACAUGGUGGACAUGUGGAACCACUUUCAGACCUUCCUAGCCAGCAAAAGACUGUCUCAGGAGCUGAAAAUACUACUGGGCCUUGGCUGUGUCAUACUUGUGGUUCAAAUGAGGAACCUGUAAAUUUUGAAACAUAUUACCAGUAUCGACGUCACUUGCAAGAAGUUCAUAUGGAAAAAAUCGAUGCUCGUAUUUGUGAACAUUGUGGACAUAGAGCAAGUAAGAGGAAUCUUUUGCUGUACCAUCUCUAUACAAGGCAUAAUAUUCCACCUCCGCGUAACUGUCAAUUUCCCAAAUGUGAUCAGUGUGACUAUGUAGCCCUUAGUGAGUCUCUCUUAAUUAAGCAUCGUAAUAAUCAUUUAAAUAACAAAGAGUUCAUUUGCCGGGUGUGUAAUGCUACAUUCAAAAGCAAUGGAGCUUUGCAAGGACAUAUGCAAACAAACUUGCACUCAGAUCCCUCAAAGAAACUAUAUGAAUGUCCUUACUGUAUGAAAACUUUUAUUCGUAAUAUUAAUUUAAAAGCUCAUUUACGAACAGCUCACAAAGACUUCAGAAAAAUAGAUGAUGGUGCAGGUGGGCAAUUAGAUGAACAAGGUUUGCAGUUACCAUUGGAUUCAGAAGACGGUGAUUCCCAAAACGAAACUACAGGGGAUGAAAACUUGCCUAGAGCUCAAGUUGGACAAGUGAUGGAAGUGCCUGUAUUGAAUGCAGUUCCUCAAGCAAAAUCAGAGACUACACAAUCAGUAAUGUUAGCUCCAACAAUGACUGUUUUGGCAGAAGCGCCAACUAUACAAACUUUGGUUCCUUCAUCAGAAGCAGAAGCAUUGAGUAAUGUAGCAAGUGGCAUUGCUGCAUCCCUUGGCCUAGCCGACACACUCAGUGGUGAACAAACUGUCAUAGUUUUAGAUGAAAAUCAAGAGUUUAUUCUGCAUACAACAGAAGUUGUGCGUGAAGAAACUGCGUUUACAGAAGCACAAGAAUACACUGAAGAAAGUCAAACCAGAUCUGAGGAAAGCUGUCCAGAAUAUAUUGUUCCAGAAAUAAUUGCCGAAGAAAAUCAACAUUACACUGGGCAGCUGCCAAAUGUAGAACAAUACCACACUGAAAAUUCUGAAGCUCAGACAUCUACAUCCGAUGCUGAGCACUGUGCCUUACCUACUAAUCCAACUGGAGCUGCACCAACAACAACUCUUCCUUCUGUGACUUCUGAAGGUGAAGAAAUAGCAUUAGUGCUCUCUGACCAUGAUUAUGCUGAAGACACAACUCAAAAAGAUGCACCUGCACCUGAAAAUAUGAUGUUUAUUAUCACACAACCUGUUGUUAGUGUAAGCAGUAACACUAUACCAGUAGUUUCAACUGAAACUACACAAACACAUGUAAUGUCAACCUUACAGGGAAAUGGAACUCAAAUGGCAGUUAUUACAAAUGCAAUUCAUGAAGGAAUUUCUGUCCCCGUUUCUCUUGCCUCACCUAAUACGGCUGUUAUAAUCCCUGCGAUUUGUGAAAGAACAAACAGUUUAAGUGAGAUACAGCAAAGUGUAAUGAAAGUUCAGCAAGAUCCUACAAAUAACAACCCUCCUGUUUUACUUCAACACAAUUCUGAGGGAAAUUUUAAGAAAGCCACUACAGAAGAAUGUGUCGAACGUAUAGCAGAAUCUGCAGUGAGAGAAGCUUCACCGUCAGAAAUUCCCUGUCCACCUGUUAAGCAAUCCAUUCCAGUGACCAGCAUGCCUGUAAGGAGAAUGCCAACAGUUGAAAUGGCAGACCUUGUAAAAGAAUGGGAUGAUUUUGAUGAAGAUUCAUGUGAUGCCAAAAUGGAAGAUUCUGUUGUGCAAACUGGUUGAAGUUUUCAGCAGCUAUUAUGAUGUGUUAAUGUUAUGAAAGUGAUUUAACAUGUUUGGUUAAAAAGUCUUGUAUUGUUUACACCAAACUAAUAUAUUGUGUUCUUGUAAGAUUGUUGGCAUGGUAUGUGUAAUUCACACUGCACCAGUUGCAUCACAUAGAUAAAAUAUGAAAGUGAGAAGCACAUGUAUUGAUUGAUCUCUAACACAUUUUUGCAGCAUCUCUCAAGGCAAAACGCAACUGUUGUAGUUUUGUCUCGGAGGUAAUGGUGAUUAUACAGAAAUGUAUAGCCUGAUUUAGUUAUAUUUGUAUUGGUAUGGUGUAAACAGGACUUGAAGAGAGACUUAAGUUGAAUGUAGAUUGUUACUAUGAAUGUUUGAAAAGUUAUCUUAUACAAUGGUAAUUAUUAAACAAAAUGGGUAACUAUUAUCAUAGUUCUAUUAUGGAGUGCUUGAGUCAAAGUGUUGCAGGUGUCAAUAUUAUAUUGUAUAUAUAUUUUUGCAUAGAUGUUUAUGCUGUUUUGUUUCCUUGUCAUUAACAAUGACAUUCUUGCUUCUGUUUUUGAAGAUCUAUUUACUAACAUGUAAAUGAAAUAUCUCAUACUACAUAUUGCAUUAAUGUUUUUUCUUUUCCUCUUUUUUUGCUAUUUGAACUUGUAAUUUCCCAACUACAGUAAGUCUUUAAUGAGGUUAGAACAACCUCUAGGUAUUUUUUGUACAUAAAAUUAUAUUCUAUAUAUACAGUUGGAAUUUUGCAAAAAAAGGAAAAAAGAAGAAUUCAAAAUAAGGAACUGUUCGCUGUGUGUGCCCAAUGACACAUUUUAAAUGUAAGGCCCAUGUUUCAGUGCUGUGACGUUAACUCGACCACAGGUUGCAAGUAAACAAUAGUCUACUUUCUCUGGUUAGAUUGUGAAAAUUGUAAUUAUGAUUAUUCCAAUUAAGUAUAAGGAUAAAAAUUUGAAGAGGCUUCACAAUAAUGUAUGCCAUUUUCUCAUUGUUAAAACAGAAUUUUGUUGCGAGAAUAAAAUAUGAACUUUAAAAUAUGGUGCAUGUAUAGCUCGUCAUUAUUUAACACACCCAAAGACGAGUUUAGAACUUGAGCUUUAUUUAUUUACAUUUUGUUCAUUUUCUGAGCUGUACAAUACCUUCACAAAUAAAGCGCCAUUUUUAUUCACAUCUUCGUAUUAAAUUUUGAAAACCUUUUGGAACUUACGAUCUAUUGAAAGGGAAAAAAUGCAUUACACGUUCUGGGAAACAAGGUAUUCUAUUUUCAAAAUAAAAAUUGUACAAUAUAAAUGAAAACUAUAAAUAUUCUACAGAGCAACAUUAAAUAUAAGGUAGUUAUCACAGCCCAAACUUUUGAGUGCUUGGUGACAAAAGUAAUAAUGGUUUUAGGAUUUACUCUUGUUCCUCAUUGCGACUAAUUCAGGAGCCGGUUCCUCCCAAGGACGAGGGCCUCUUAUAUUGUGCCAAUUAUCUAUAUCCAUCUUCUUAAUUUCUUCAUAAGCUGUUUCCAAGCUCACUGCUUGUUUUUCCUUAAUUUCCAAUCCAAGUUCUUCCAUAUCUUUACGAGUAAGCUUCUGCUUCUUGGAAAAUGUGUACCUAAGUUGAGCGAAUUCUUUAAGCACAAAUGAGCCACCUACUACCAUAACCAUAAAAGGUACACCAUAACGUACGAAUUUCUUCUUUGAUAGCGUAGAAACUGUUCCCCAAGCAGAAGACAUUUUAUCACUUCAUUACUCGAGUGAUUAAAUGCGUUUGUUGGUAAAACUGAUUGUUUGUAAACAAAGGGGCAAAAUUUCAAUUACAUGUAAACAUUUAACAUUACAACAGUGUUGGCACACGAUUCUUCUACUUUGUACGGGAACAGCGUUGGUCUUGACUGUUUCAAUCAGGACCGUGCAGAAAUCGUAUUCCUCGCACCCACGACCAAACAUGAGAAAACUGGUUGCGGGAGUAAAUAACGUAGGGACCUAACGGAAAUAAAAGGAACUACUGGUAUCGCAUGUGGGUAUUCUGUGGGGGGCAACGUCACGUCAAGCGCUUCGUGAACAGCUGAAGUGCAAAAGUUAUGAAUGUUAUUCAUUGAAACGAAAAAUUUGUAUGUUGCCAGCGGUGGGAUUGACUGUCGUUCAAUUAUAAUCAUAUAUUGUAUUUUGUUAAUGUUGUAGACAGCUGUUAAUUGACAUUUAAUAUUUGUGUAAUGAAAGGAAUGUGAAUCGAGUACGCCACUUUCUUGCCUAAAUACACAAUACAAAUGUGGAAACCGACCAUCAAUUCUGAAAAUUAUUAAUAGUGAUUCUCUUCCACAUAGACCAUUAAUAUUUACAAAGAUGCCUAGAAAGAAUAAGAAUCGAGGAAAAGGUUCUGCUCCAAUUGGAGAAGAAGUUCGAAUAGCUGUAAACCUAACGCUGAAAAAGUUUCUUUGUACUGAGGAAAAUAAAGAACUUGAAUUUCCAUCUUCUUUAAAUGCUGAUGAAAGGGCUUACAUUCAUCAAUUGGCUGCACAGUUGGGUUUGCGAUCCAAAAGUAGAGGGAAAGGAGCUAAUCGUUAUUUGACAGUGUAUAAACGUGAAGGAUCUACUAUAGUGCAAGCAGAUGCUGCUUUUCAACUUGUUAGAUCAGCUCGUACUCAUAUAUGUGGUCUUCUACACAAGUUCCCUCUUACCAACAAAGAACGUCAAGAACUUCUCCCUCUAACUGAAAGAGAUCGUUUACUUAAUUCUGAAGUGAAAGAUAUGAAUAAAAACAUGGGCCGACUAAAUAAUGGAAUUCCCCAAAUUCCAUACCAUUCUGUUAAUCAUGAACUACUUCCAUUUCGACAAGCAUUGCCAGUCUGGGGCAUGCGAGAUGACAUUGUACAGACAAUUAGUAGUCAUCAAGUUGUUGUAAUUAGUGGAGAAACUGGUUCAGGAAAAACCACACAAAUCCCUCAAUUUAUCUUAGAAAAUAGUCUGAAUGUUGGAAAGGCAUGCCGUAUUAUUUGCACUCAACCAAGAAGAAUUUCAGCUGUUACUGUAGCUGAAAGAGUUUCAGCAGAAAGAGAUGAGAAAGUUGGCCAAUCUAUUGGUUAUCAAAUUCAGCUUGAGAGUAGGGUUUCUCCAAAAACAGUGUUAACAUACUGCACAGAUGGUGUCCUCCUCAGAACUUUGAUGGGAGGUGAUUCUACAUUGGCUACAGUCACUCAUAUUUUUGUUGAUGAAGUUCAUGAACGAAAUAGAUUCACAGAUUUUCUUUUAAUUGCCCUAAGAGACUCGCUGGCAAAAUUUCGUUCUUUGAGACUUGUUUUAAUGUCAGCUACUGUAGAUACUCAAAUAUUCACAAAAUACUUCAAUAACUGUCCUAUCAUCUCCGUACCCGGUCGUCUUUAUGAUGUCAAAGAAUAUUAUCUGGAGCAUAUUUUGAAACAAACCAAAUACAUGAGCAAACAAAUGGUGAAAAUGAAGGCUGAAAUUAAGAAGAAAAAAGAGCAACGGGCAAAUCUUGAGAAGUGGACAAAGGUUUUUGUAGAAAUUGAACCUGACAAGCAAAUUAAUCAUGUGGAACAUAAAACAUUCCCAUCACCUAUUUUAGGACAGUACUCUGAGGCUGUUCCAGAACGUACUGAGUUAGAUAAAUGGUUAAUUCAGGAAAUGGAUCGGUGUUUAUCAGAUGCGUGGCUGUAUGGAUGUGAUGACUCCUUUACUCAAUUACUUCACCUUAUAUUAUCUGAAAACGUGUCAGUGGAUUAUCAGCACUCAGAAACAUCCGUCACUCCUUUAAUGGUUGCUGCUGGACGAGGUUGCCUCAAUACUGUUGAGCAACUUCUUAAUCUUGGUGCUAAUAUCAAUGUACGUGCCUCAAAUGAAUGGACUGCUCUAGAUUGGGCCAACAAAAUGAAUCAUCCUGAGAUAGUGGAAUUAUUAGAAGCCUACAUGCAUUCAGAAGCAUCAUCUGUUAACAUGCUGCCAGUUUCAAACACUGCUGAAUUAGAUGAAACAGAACGUGAGCUUUUGGAUGUGUAUCAUCAUAGCUUUAAUGAAGAAAAUAUUGAUAUGGAUUUACUUAUGAAACUUUUAUUUGAUAUACACUCUACACAGGAAAAAGGAGCAGUUUUAAUAUUUUUACCUGGCUAUGAUGAUAUUGUUUCUUUGCGAGAUAAAAUCAUGGGUGAGGACAAACGAUUGAAUGAAUCAGGAAAAUAUUUGUUGUACACUUUACAUUCUCACAUGCAGACAGGUGAUCAGAAACGUGUAUUCCGACCUGCACCUCCAGGAUGCCGAAAGAUUAUUUUAUCUACGAACAUCGCGGAAACAAGUGUUACUAUUGAUGAUGUGGUUUACGUGAUAGAUAGUGGGAAGAAAAAAGAAAAGUCAUUUGAUGCUAUAAGUGGAGUUUGUAUGCUUCGCCCAGUAUGGAUUUCACAAGCUUGUGCCCAGCAACGCAGGGGUCGUGCUGGUAGAACACAACCAGGAAUAUGUUUUCAUCUGUUUUCUAGUGUUCGUUUAAAAGCCAUGCAAAAAUACAGCACACCAGAAAUCCUUAGACUACCUCUUCAGGAAUUGUGCUUACAUACAAAACUUCUUGCUCCUGCUAAUACUCCAAUUGCUGAUUUCUUGGCCCGUGCAAUAGAGCCCCCAUCAUUUGUUGUCACACGAAAUGCUGUGCAGCUUUUGAAGACAAUUGAUGCUCUGGAUUCAUGGGAAGAUCUUACAGAAUUGGGUCAUCAUCUACUAGAUUUGCCAGUAGAUCCACGACUGGGGAAAAUGCUUCUGUAUUCUGUAGUAUUGAAAUGUUUGGAUCCUGUUCUUACAAUAGUCUGCUGCCUUGCUUACAAAGAUCCUUUUAUGCUCCCAUCUCAGCCUUCACAAAAACGUGCAGCAGCAAUAGCUCGUAAAAAGUUUGCUGCAGGAACAUAUAGUGAUCAUAUGUCUCUCUUACGUGCCUUUCAGUCAUGGCAACAUGCUCGAGGAAAUGGUUGGGAGCGAUCCUUCUGUGAAAAACACUUUGUUUCUGCUGCAACUAUGGAAAUGGUAGUUGGUAUGCGCUGUCAACUUCUGGGACAACUUCGAGCAUCUGGUUUUGUGAGAGCACGGGGUGGUGGUGAUAUACGAGAUCUCAACUCAAAUUCAGAGAAUUGGGCUGUGGUGAAAGCUGCUUUGUGUGCUGGUGACUACCCUAAUUUGAUUCGAGUAGAUCGUGAACAUAUGCAGCUAAGAACCCAGAAGGAAUUCAAAGUGGUUUUUCAUCCUUCAUCCAUCUUGAGGGAUUGCCCCAAAACUCCGCGUACUUCAAUGGCUGCUUCUCAUACAGCUUGUGUUGAGAAUUUACCAUCAGACUGGCUUCUUUAUGAAGAGAUGAGUCGGUCUGGACGAUACUGUCAUGCUCGUUGCUGUACACUAGUAACUCCCAUCACAGUUGCCUUAUUUGCAGGUCCAGCAAGAAUGCCACUAGAUGCAGUGUCAGAAGCUGAAGUGUAUCGAGGUGAAGGAGCGUUAGAAGCAGAUAGUGAUAGUGAGGUAGAGGAUCGUCCUGAUGGACAGACAACAACAUUGAAAUUGGAUGACUGGGUGGUGUUUCGGGUGGAUGCUGAAGCUGCUCAUUUGGCUCUGCAGUUGCGUCAAAAGUGGCAUUCAUUGUUUUUGCGUCGUAUGAGAGCUCCUGCGAAACCUUGGUCUCAGGUUGAUGAACAUGUGGUGAAAACAGUAAUUAGUGUUUUGACUGCAGAAGAACAAAGUCUUGGCCUCCAACAACCCGUAGGAAUUGGACAGCGUCCUAGACCGAUGUCAGUCGAUUCAUAUCCACCAGGUUGUAGGCCUCCAUCUGAUGGAUCUGAUGAAUUUUACAUGGGUGGCAACAAUGAGAAUCGUUUUAGGCCUCAACGUAAACUAGAAUUCUCUUCCAAGAUGUCUGAACAAGGUGAACGUUCAGAUUCUGGGAGCUUGAAGUCAUUUGGAAGUGGCAAUGUGAGUGAUACUCCAUCACCAACACCAUCGCAGAGUAGUGCAGGUGAUAAUCCUACUGCUACCAACUCAACAGCAGCUGUCGGUGACACACGUUAUUUUAUAAUAAAAGCAGGAAGCAUGAAGACUGUAGAAGCAUCUUUAAAUAAAGGAGCCUGGGCCUUUACUCCUGGUACAGAGCGUAAACUUGUUCGUGUAUUAAAGGAAGCAAAGCGAGUGAUGCUUAUAUUUAGUGUCCAAGGAAGUGGACAUUUUCAAGGUUAUGCUCGUCUUGCUGGUGAUAAACCAGACAUGAAAGCUGAUAGUGCAGAAAGUUGUUCAGACUUAGGAGGACCAAAUAUGAGUGCUCCACUGCCCAUUGAGUGGUUGAAAAGGGCUAACAUUCCGUUUCAAGCUACUCGACAUUUAUUAAAUCCUUUCAAUGAAAAUCGAAGAGUUCAGACAAGCCGUGAUGGUCAGGAAAUUGAACCAAGUGUUGGAGAAGAACUUUGUGAUUUAUGGGAUAGAGUUCCUCCAUUUGUUCCUAAGUCUGCCUUCUUCAGUUCUUUGAAAGGGAACACAGAACAACCAGAUCAACCCAAAAAUUAUCAUGGUCGGCCAAUUAGAGGAUAUUCUUACAUGAAUUACAAUCCUAAUUAUCAGCACUAUAACAGAGGGCAACAUCCAAAGUGAAAGUUGUUGAUAACAUUCCUCAAUUUUGGUUUUAUGGACAUUGGGUAUUUUAAAAACCUUUUUGUUACAAAUUUUGCUAGCUCCUUUCAGAAAGUGUGGUGAAUAGUAUAAUAUUUUCUAACAGGAUAUAAUCAUUUGUUUGUCAGGUAUCAUAUGAAAGAGUACCUCACAUUAUUUUCCUAUUAUUAGUAAUAUUUUGCAAGCUCCUUUAUUAUUAAUAGGUACUAUUGAAUCUUUCAUUAAUGUUAAUAUCAAGAUAGUAUUGGUGUACGGUGGAAAUUAGAAUGUUCUCUGAAAUGAUUUAGUUGGAUUUGGAUGAGCAGAAAUAUCACAAUUGAAUAUUAGUAAUUACUUUUUUGUUUUAUUGCUUAAAAAAAUUGAUAUUUUACAAAACAUAAAUAACUUGCCAGAAAUAAUUUGAAAGUUUUAAGUAUUUUAUUGGAAAAUAAGUGUUUUGCUUUAUUUAUAGAAUAAUGAAAUGUACUUUCUUCUGUUUUGGAAGAUGAGUUCACUGUUCUCCUCGUCUUUUUCUUUUGAUAGAUUAUCUUGUUCGAUAGUCUCGCAUUUCUCCUUCAGUGUUAAUAAUUUAAUACCACCACCACCACUACUACUAUUAUUAUUACUAAUACUUCUACAAUUUCUCCAUUCCAAAGAACAAUGUAAGUUCUGUGGGAUGGUUUUUAAUUCUUCACAGUGAGGAAAAGUGUUAAUGUAUUUUUCAGUAUUUGCUGUGUUGUGAUAUUAUUAGCUCAUGGUGCUGUGUUCUUUACCUAAUAGUUACAUAGAAAUAAGUGCAAUAAAUAUUUGUUCUCAUGUAGGGCAAAAUUUUGAAAAUGUCUUAUUGGGAAGUCAUUUUUUAGAUCUUAUUUUUGUGUAGCAUUAGUUUAUUAUUUCUCAUGUGAAGAUUAAUUAGAAAAGUUCAUGGCAUGAUAUGGCUUGUAAUCCUAGUCUUGAAAAACAUGAGUUGUGCAUUUGAAAUGCUAAUUAUGUAUUUAAUUCCUACUUCUCGUGGCAUGAACUGAAGACAUGAAAACAAAUAUUUUUACUAUAAUUUUUUAUUCCCCUUGUCUAUGGGAAUAAUUUAUUGACAAUAGCAUUCGUAAUGAUAACUUUGAAUGUUAUGUCACUUUGAUAUUACAAUCAUUUAUGUACACAAGACUUGUAAAAUGUCUUCUUAUGAGUUGUUAUUAACAUAUUCUAUGUACUUUUGCUUUGAAGUAGAUACUGUAGAAAUCAAUUACAUUGAUGGACUACGAUGAUGUUUGUUUGUGAUAUUGAAAUUUUUUAAUUAUUUUAUUGAAUUGUCACCUGAGAGGUGUUUUUGUCCAUAUCUCUGAAUUGUUUAAAGUAUUUAUAAUGUUUAUGAAAUUAGUGUUGUGGAUAGUAUUCUUAAUUUGUAAUGCUUAUGUUAUUUGUAUUUCAAUUACAAAUUAAUUGAACUGAUGUGUACGAAUUGAACUGAUGUGUGCUUACAUUAAGAAGUGUACAAUUAUUACCUCAUUGGUGUAAUCCUAUUUAUUCUUCUUAAAGAAGCCUGCAAAGCAUAUUUAUGGGAGCCUACUUCUGUAACUUUCUGGGAAUGUAGACUUUAAAUGUAUGAUCCAUUUGAGUUUGUCGAAUUACUUUGUAUCUCCCGAAGUUUCUAUACAUGCAGACUGUAUUAAGUGCUAAUAAUGUGGUGAAUUCUUUUUUUUUUACUCCCCUUCAGGGAAUGUAAGAUGUGUGAUAAGUUUGAAUAAUAAAUAAUAGAUUG